UUUUUUUUAAAAAGAAAAAAGAAAAAAAGCAAUGAUAACUGUGGACGUUCUUGUAUGUGGGGCUGGACCAGUCGGCUUAUUCUUUGGUUAUCUGAUGGCUAUCAAAGGCCACUCUGUCUAUGUGUUUGACAAGAUUGCAGAACCAUCAGAAAACAGCCGUGCGCUCUUGAUCACAUCCCGAACCCUCGAAAUGUUUUCUCUGGUUGGCCUAGACGCAGCUGUCUUGAAAGAAGCCAGAAUUGUCAGAGGAAUCCAGGUGUUUUCUGGUGGUGAACGACUUGGAACUGCAGAAGCAAGCGGUGAUACUACAUUCCCGCAGCAGAAUAUCUUGCCUCAAGUCAGAUUGGAACGGAUUCUGGAGACAAAACUUGCGUCUCAAGGCUACCCGGUUCAUUGGUCCACAACCCUGACUGCCUACAGCCAGACAGACUCAGGAAUUGAAGCCACCCUGAGCACCCAAGAAGAACAAGAACAGAAUGAAGGUUUGGUUACUGUCCGGGCAUCCUAUAUGGUCGGUGCAGAUGGAACCCAUUCGGCCGUCCGUCGACUUUGUGCGUCUGACUGGGACUUUAAGGGGGUUGCGGUCGAUACCAGACUGGCGCUGGCUGACGUGACACUCAAGGGCAGGCAUGUCGACCAGGAGAUGAUGAACCGGCUGUCGUCUUUUCUGGAUGGCGAGGGUGCAAUGAUCUUCUUGCCCUUUGAGCCAGUCAACCCGAACCCUGACCCAGACCACCACUUUCGGGUUAUCGUCAGCAUGGGCAAAUACGAGAAACUGGAGAAUGGUCAAACUGACCAGGUCACACACGGCAUCCGAGCCAGAGCCACAGACAGAGACAGAAAAAACAAGGAUGCCUUGAGUCUUGAACAAUUGCAAGAAACGAUGGACAGAAGGCUAGGCAAUCUAGACAUACAUGCCAGCAAUCCGGCCUGGCUGACCUUUUUUGCAAUCAAUGAAAGAAUCGUCGAUGAUUAUCGGCGCAAAAGAGUGUUUUUAGCAGGAGAUGCGGCACACUGUCAUUCACCGCUUGGUGGACAGGGUAUGAAUAUUGGUCUUCAAGAUGCUGAUAAUUUGGCUUGGAAGCUUUCACUGGUGUUGAACAAUUAUUCCAAUGAUCCGGAUUUCUUAUUGGAUUCGUACAGUAUUGAGCGUCGAGCUAUUGCAAAGUCAAUAAUAAAGUCUACAUCUCAGGGCACUAGUUUCGUGUUCAGAUUUAUUCGUAAUGGGUUAAUCAGGAUUGCAAUGUCGAUUCCGCAGAUAAGAAAUCUUGGGGUCCAAACAGUACAACAGAUCAAGAUGUCUAUUCUGGACUCUCCUCUUCAUGGACUAGCCGACCCUCAUCUUAUCAAGCCAGGCCAGUUUAUGAAGAACACUAGUGCCCUCCGGCGUCGCACAAUAGAGGACAGACUGGUAUGGGCUAGUCUGCACAACAUUCUUAGAAAAACAAAAGAUUCCCGCUUUACUGUGCUGUGGGUAAGCACCUGCAAGGGAUGGCAAACACCUUCUUCUUCUGGCCUGACCACAAAAUUCCUGCAAAGUCUGAAGCCAUACUCCAGAGUAGUACGGCCUAUUGUUGUGACUAGUGCUUGGCACACUCGAGAUAGUCACCCCAUUGUCCAGAGUCUAGGCGACCCUGAACUUGCAGAAGCAGAGUGGUGGGUAGAAGGUAUCUGGGAUGAACAAUGUGUUACUAGACGAGUAGGGUUAGACAAGGCCAUCAUUAGAUUCACAGGCUCAACGGAGACGGCGGUUGAGACAGCGGUUGCCAUGGUAGUGCUCAGACCAGACCUUUUUGUGGCUCAGAGUAGUCUUGUCCAAACAGAAAAAGAUUUGGAAAAGGCGGUUGGGUAUCUGGCCCAUGCUUUUGGUACAAUUGUAACACACAAGCACCAUUCUCUUAAUCAAUCACAUUAACAAAAUUUUUAUUUUAUUUUAUUUUAUUUUAUUUUAUUUUAUUCAAUAAACUCUCACACUCACACACAC